ACCGCCGGGAUGCACCAAUGCACCGAUUGGCAGCGCUCCUUGGUCACGGGCAGUCAAUUGCAGUACUGCACAGCAGUGCACGCUGGAACUGACGGCUCUCGGCAACAGCACAUGAUGGUGCACCAUUAAUGAUAGUUUGCAAGGUUACAGCGGUAUCCGUGCUUCCAUGACUCGGAUGACCGAGAGAUGCAAGGCUAAGCAAGGGAUUGAGCCCAGGCACAAAAUGAUGAUUUUGAGAGUCGGAAUCGGAUCCAAGUCGCACCAUGGACAAGGAGAAACGGCAACGCGCCGUUCCCAAGUUUGGAUCCUUCAGGCCGAAACCCACCCCCGAACAUGACAGCAGUCCACACCCACAGCCGGUACCGGGGGAGACCAAGGCACAGAGAGACGGCGAUGGCAGUGGAGCUGCGGAACGGCCAUCUGAUCGCCGAAGGGACGGGGAGCGGGAUGGAGAGCGGGAUGGAGAACGUCGCCGUCAUGGCCGGGAUCAUGGCCGAGGUCGCGAACGGAAACGGGAAUGGGAUCGUGAGGUGGGCCACGACAGGGAGAAAUGGGAGCAACCUCGCGGACAGCACCAUCAAAGGCAUUCACCACGAGCAGGCAGCCCCAAGCGUGCCUCCACCCAGGGAAGAGACCCCCGCAGACCCAUCACUCAUUUAGGUGACGAUCUCUUCCUAUUCGAUACGCGUGGCGACCCCCUGAUAUUGCAAUACGGCACCAACGACCGCUAUAAGGUCCCAUCCUAUCGCCGUUCUGGCGCCGGUAGGAUCAUAGGCUCUCCCGGCUUCCUCACCAUCCACCGCGAUGGCGCGAACGAGCGGUUCAGCAUCAACGACAACCGUGAAGGCAGCAGCGGUGCCGGCUCCGCCUUCCGGGACAAAGCUCUCGUCGCGGCCACCGCUCGUCUCAAACCGAAGCGCAUCAAGCCUUCUUCGCCUGCUCCUACCUCAACCGCACCAUCACAAGAGGACUUCAUCCCGCUCUGUUUCUCCUCGUCCAGAAAACGCAAGCGCCUUUCCUCCGCUUCCCCUUCUCCAUCAGACUCAUCAGCUGAAUCAGAUUCGACCUCCCAAUCGCCAUCCCCAGACGGUCUGGAACAGGAGGAAAUAUCCACCGCAAAGCAGCGCUCAAUUUCCCUCUCCCGCGCCGUAAAGGCUAACCCCUCCGACACAGCCUCGUGGUUAGAGCUGAUUGGCCUGCAAGACUCGCUCUUCCCAACACCACCCACUAGCAGCUCCAGAACGGCGGACGAAUCCAAGGCCGUUGCCCAGCUUAGACUUGCUUUGUAUGAGGAGGCACUUCCGCACGCCGUCGGCACGGCUGAUAGGGAACGCCUGCUUGUGGGGUUGAUGCUUGAGGGGGCCAAGGUGUGGGAUUUCAGGGUAUUGGAGCGCAAGUGGGAUGAGGUUGUCAAGUCUGAGGGACGCAGUUUCUGGUUAUGGAAGGAGUGGUUGGCAUUUAAGAUGACGGGGGUGUCCGGCGCGAGAUUAAGUGUCGACGAAGGGAGGGCGUUAAUCCAACUGAAGUUGAAACAGAUGGAGGAGGAGUUGCGCGACAUGGCUCAGAAUGUGGUGGCUGUCGAGGGCGGGAACGGAGAAUGGGAAGGCAUUGAGCUGCUCUGCAACAGGGUGGUUUACCUUUUCCUCCGGCUCACCCGGUUUCUGCAAGACACUGGCUUUGCGGAGCUUGCAGUAGCAGCAUGGCAGGCUGUUUUGGAGAUGACGUUCUCCCGGCCCGCAGAUUACGGCAGCACUGACUCGGCUCCCGAGGCAUUCGCCGACUUCUGGGAGAGCGAGGUUGCGCGGAUUGGGGAGGACGGUGCCAAGGGUUGGCAGCACUUCGCCAUGGGUCGCAUGGAUGAUCCGCCUGAGGCGAAGAGAGAUUCUCUCGGGGAUAUGCCUCCCACAGCAGAACCAUUCAAGGCUUGGGCUGCUAUUGAGCGGCAGAGAGCGGAAAAUGCACGCAUGCCGGCAAGAACGCUUGAUCAUGGGACCGAGGACGAUCCGUUUAGAGUCGUCUUGUUCUCCGAUAUCAAGGAUAUUCUUGUCUGGUUUCCUUCGAUUAUUCUCUCGCUGGUCAAACCCAAGCUUGUGGAUGCCUUCCUUGUGUUCUGCGGACUUCCUACGGCCAGCCUAUCCGGGGAGGGGUUCGCUGACCUGCUAGGUGACCCGUUCGUCACUCCUCGGGAGGAGGCCCUAGAUCUCGACCUUAACCGUCCAGAGACUGAGGUAUUCUCAGAUCUUUCGAGAAGGGCCCCUCAGUUUGAGCAGCAGGGCGGAAAUAUGGCCAUCUCGCAAGAGAUUCUCUUUGGCACCGGCUGGUUCAGAUAUCUUGGCCAUUUGUCUAGCGCGACCAGUCGGGUGGACAGUGCUUGGGUGAUUGGCACUCUCAAGUACCUCGUCCAUAGCUGUCGAGUUGAGGAAUUAGCAGAAUACUACCUAGCGAUGGCAUGGUUGAAUGAGCCAGCUGGGGCGAGAAAGAUUGCAAAGGCGCUUCUGAGGGAGCACAGUUCCAACAUCAAGCUCUACAAUGCGUACGCCCUAGUUGAGUGGGCAAACCAGAAUGUGGAGAUUUCCAACAAAGUCUUGUCGUCGGCGACGGGCCUGGUACCGGCAUCCAAUCUAAGCGGGAACCAGUUGCUUUGGAACACUUGGGCUUGGAUCCAUCUUGAGGCCGGGGACAAGAGCAUGGCUCUUGUUCGUCUUUGCACUUCGGUGGACAGGUCAUUUGAUGGCCCAUCAGUGUCUCGUGCCCUGCUCCUCAAAGCAAGGUCUCAUUUCUGCAGCACUCGAGACUACGCUCUCUCCUCCUUGCAGCUAGAGAAGGCCACACAACAUGCCGAGAGCCUGGCAUUGCUGGAGUAUCUUGCCAGCGGUGAGGCUAGCGGCACAACUUCUAAGACGCAGGGCAACAUAAUUGCCGCGCUGUCCAGCAUCCUAGCCUUCUCUCAAGGAUUGAAAUCCCGCAACUUGAGCCAGUCUCCGCACCACGAGCGACUCCUACAAUCUGCCGCGCGGCUCCUCUACUAUCACGCAACACACGGCCCCUACAAACCCAUCUAUGUCAGGGAACAGCUUCUCGAAAUCAUCAACCUCUUUCCAUCGAACGUCAUGUUCCUUGAGCUAUAUGCAUGGUCACAAUCGAGCCUUCGUAUCGAUGACCCGGUUCGGGACGUUCUCCGAACCAAAUCCCUCGUGGAACCACAUGACAGCAUCCAUACCCGGCGUUUCGCGAUUCGGCACGAAGCACGGGUCGGAACGGUACACUCGACCCGGGCCGCAUUCGAGGCAGCGCUUAACAGCGACGCCUGCAGGGGCAGUGUCGAGCUGUGGAUUCGCUACAUCCGGUUCUCAUACUCUACCAGAGAGCUCAAGAGCAGAGCCAAGGACGUCUUGUGCCGGGCUAUGGCCGCCUGUCCCUGGGCCAAGGAAAUCUACAUGGAAGCAUUUGGGGAAUUGGCGGGGGCUAUGAGUCCGUCCGAGUUGAGCGCUGUGUUUAACACCAUGACGGCAAAGGGCUUGCGGGUGCAUGUUGAUUUUGAGGAAUUCAUGCACGGCUGGAAGAACAGGGAGGGCAAGACGAAAUAAGGGGCGCAGGCAUAUGGCAUAGGAUUCCAACACAAUGCAUCGCGCCCCUAAUACGAGUCUAAUUCGUCGAGGAAUUAGAAAUUCAUCACCAUGAAAUGUACCUUACUUACGUGGCGUACCAAUAACUAGCAAACGGAACAAGGUACCCCUCAGCUCAGAGGAUCAGGGGACGUUGCACUCGGGAUGUUGUUCCCGGAUGCAGGGAAGUUCAAACGGUUUCCAUAAUUAGCUCUAAACACAGACCACCAGC